AUAGCCGAUGAUCUCCGCCCCUUUCUCCUCCCCUGAUUCUUUUAAUUACUAUGUAGAAAAAAUGGGGCUAACUAGCGGGGAACCGGAUGGAUACAACACGAUUCACAAUGUAACAUAAGUGGAGCGAUAUAAAGAAUGGGCAGAGAAAGUCUAACCUAAUCAGACUUUAGAAAUGUGUUGUUGACCAGACAAAGGAAGAGUUCUACAAAACAAGGUGCUCAUGAAGAAUGGAACUAACCAUGUUUAACAUUUAACUUUGAUCAUUGAACACACCCUAAUGGAUUACGUAAGCUCCGCUGAACCAGAUGUUGAUGCCUUCAUCUGCACAGAAUGUGGGGAUGGCUUCAGGCGCUACCUUGACUUGGUUAAACACAUUACUGUUCAUGAACGACUCAGAACUCAUGAACGAACAGAUUCAUUUUCCCUUGACAGUUUACCCAAUGGGUUUCAAGUUCCCCGUGAGUAUGCUCUCCAUGAAAAUGGAACUUUCAUAGUGGUUGACAGAUCUGGACCAUCAAACAACCCUUCUUCUGUCAAACAGCCAUCUUCAACUCCUUCACCUUAUCAGAAUUCAAAGACCAUUGUACUUACAACUAAGCCAGCAAAAACUGAUCUACGUGUUAACACAGUAUCUCACUCCCAGUGCUGCAGUGUCUCUCCUCUAAAACAGUACCGAUGCGAAACAUGUGGAAAAUCGUUUAACAACCAGCUGAGUUUACAACACCAUCAACAGUAUCGGAAUUUAGAGCAAGGUUAUAAGUGCACCUUGUGUUGCAAGAUCUUCACAGAUAAAGAGUGGCUAAGGGAACAUCUCCAAGAACAUGCCCAUGAAAUAUUUUACUGCUGUGGUCAGUGUGGAAGACGCUUUCUGAAACAAGAGACCCUGUAUGUUCAUCAAAAAGAGCGGCAUGGAUCGCUGGGGCUCAAACAAAUGGGGAAGUCAGACAAUGGUGAAGAGAACAUAAUACAGAAAACAUAUCACUGUAAGAAGUGUAAUCUGUGUUUUUUCUGGCUCUCCGACUUGCAGAGCCACUUACUCAGUCAUUCCAAAGACAAACCAUUAUCUGUGAACUCUUCAUCUAAAAUCGAGCAACAGUCUCAGAAAGAUGAGCUAUCACAUACCAUAGAGUACAGCGACAGCACCCCUACCGAUGUGACCAAAUGGUACAGCAGCGGCACCCCUACUACCGAUGUGACCAAACAGUACAGCAGUGACGUAACUGUUGAUGUGAAGACCCACAAUGGCAAAUCUGAUUCCAAAACACCAUCCUCUUUCAGACCAUACCGCUGUGGUUUGUGUGGAGAUCGCUUCCAGCAGUUAACAGACUUGAAGGAGCAUCAUCUUACCCAUCAAACACAGGAAGAAAUUGACAAGUUAAAUAAGGAUUCAGAGUCACAAAGAGUUGUAAAAAAGUGGCAAAGGUAUACUCGCAUUGAGUGCAUCGUAACAAAAGCACCUGCAAGGAAGGGAGGAAGGCCCCCACUUUAUAAAAAAGGCUCUGGGACAAAAUUACAUCCAUGCAAGCACUGCCACCGUGUAUUCAGUCACUCUAGUAGUCUGUCUCGGCACAAUAGAUCCCACAAGGGGACUCUUCACACUUGUGUUCUCUGUGGGAAACAUUUUCCACAACGCUGUGAUGUCCGGAGGCAUAUAGCCAUGUAUCACAAACCUGAAUUAGAGAAGAAGCCAAGUCUUAAGUACUUGGCAUUGCAUUCUAAACCAGAUGGUGGUUCCCAAUUGAAUUCUGAUGUGUUGGAACAGAAUGCGUCAUCUGAAAUAAAACUCAAGAAGUCUUUAGACAGUGUUGUUGCAGAAUUGGACAGUGACAAUGGUGAAGAUCAGCAAACCACAUCUACUGGAGAAGUGUCCGCUGCUCCUAAGGUACGGAGGAACUACAAGUGUGACGAAUGUGGGAAAAAGUUUGGGCUGCUGUGUGUGUACCAACGGCAUUUGCGGUACCACAAAAGGGAACCAGGUAGUGAAAUGGUUAAGUGCCCUCACUGUCCAAGUCGCUUCCGGAGUUCUUCUGCUCUAGGGCGCCAUCUUGAGAUUCACCCAAGUCAGUCAAGGGGGGAAACGGACAUGGAAGGACAGGCAUCUCCCACUGCUGACUCCAAUCCAGACCUGGACUCUGACCAAGACAAUGUAAAGGAUUUAGUGGGUCAUGGGGACAUUGAUGAUGUCAAGGGUGGGAAUGGUGAAAAAAUUGGUCCAGCAGAGGUGCUGUACGAAUGCACUGAGUGUACAGAGACUUUUUCCUCCUUGCAGAAGUUUCUGAAGCACCAGAGUUCUCAUGGGUCCGAUAACCUUGGAUAAUGGAAACGAUGCAUGGUAUUUAUAUUCGAAGGUCCGAACCCUAACUUGAGAUCGAUGCACAUACCACAUAUUGUUGCACUGUUAUGCAGACCUCAAUUCAUGAUUUGCGAAAGUCCGAGUUACGUGCACGUCUCAAGUUAGGAUUCUUUCCUUGAUGAUGGAGCAGUUUAACAAGUGUUUAAAAAAAUUAAUAAUAAUGUAACAAUGAACUGAGGAACUACAACCAGUAUGGUUCUUGGGGUGGGUAGGUCAUUAAUUCUGAACCAGAGUAGGAUGACAUUGAUGUAGCACUGCAUAGAUCGAGAUGGUGACUGAAGAACUGGGAAUUACUGAGAUUUUUUUAUGUAAUUUCUACAAUCAUGUGAAUUUGAGAAGUUUUGUAUCAAUGUUUCAGAUUGUUAUGGUUACUUCAGUUAAACCCUUAUAAUUACCCCUGGAAAUACCAUGGUGUGGGAAUAAUGCCUUAAUAUGCUCUGAGAGCAUUAUUGAAGCUAGUAGUCGAGCACAAUUUGCUAAAGACCAAGUGGCAAUAACGUUUUUGCAGAUAGAUUUGGACCCAUGCAAACCGUUAAGAUGGUCUGCGGUAACAAUGACUGUCCAUUUUGUAGAGUAAUUAGAAACGUUUUUUUACAUGUGCAUUUCCAUUGGGAUUUCACUUUAAAACUAUUUAAGAGAUUAUUUAUUUGCAAUUGCCAAGCCUUUACAACCAUGGUGUCUUUCUCAAGAUCAGAAAACCUGUCAAGGUGAGAUGUUCCCAAACUACCAGACCAGGAAUAUUGGUAUCAUUUUGAAAGGCUUUCUCAUGUAUCAUCUUUUCACUAUAUUGUGGUCAUGUCUCUCAAUUCACAAAAUGGUUCUGUUAUCUAGAUCCGUGGUUCCCAAUGAGGGGUACUAGGACCUCUGGGAGUACUUAGCCUAUCCACAGGGGGUACUUGAGAAGACUCAUGAGACCAUAGGCCUACUGUAAAAUGCACAUGAGGGGGCACUUCAGGGGUUGUCUCGGCAGAGCAAAAUUCAGUUGGUGGUACAGUAACCGAAAAAGAUUGGUAACCACUGCUCUAGAUGACUUCUGCUGCCAGUCCUCUGGGUGGCCACGGAUCUGUUAACACAUGAUCAUGUUUUUCCUUAGGACACGACAAAGUCCAGUGAUUCCAAUGCAAGCCACACGUAGCAUUGUGAUGUAAAUUAGCCUUUUCAAAUCGUACUGUUGCUUUCUUUAUUGCCUACCAAACGUAAACAAAUGCAUUGGCCCUGAUUUUUUAAAUGUUACUUUUGUGCCAUUAAAGUUGAAAAAUGUAUUUUUUCCUAAAAAUCAAAGAUUGACCUUUUUUAAAUGACCCAUCAGUCAUGGUGUUCAACUAAUGAUGAAUGCGAUCAUGUGAUAAGGUGGAAAUGUCAUCUUUGCGACUUUCCAACUCGUGGUAGGCUAAAUAUGUUUAUGUUAGUGCUUUGUUGCCUACACACUGGAAUGUUCAUCCUACACAAGUUAUUAUAGAAGUACCAUGUCUAGGAUCCAUAGGAUGAUGGUUUAUAUCAAUUAUAAGAUAGGAUGUAGUUUUUCAACUAUAAAGAAACAUCAUGGCGGGUUCAGACUUCUAAAUGGAUCUGUGUUGAACACAAGCUAUUCAGUAGAUCAGACUUGUUCAGAAUCAUGUAGCCAGAAGAACAGAGGUGUCUGGGGGGAAAAGGAAAAUUGCCUCUUUAUGAGUGUGAUCUUGUUCCAGAAACUUCUGCCCAAAUGCUCAGUCUGGUGGAUCAACGAGUCAAACUUGGCCUUUGUUAGCCAAUACAGAAAGACCAGGAGAAACUCCCAGUGUAUAGGCAUUGAUUGGUUCAAUCUGCUUAAUCUACCAACCAAUCAUCUUCCACAAACACUUCCCCAUAACCUCGCAGUCGUGUGAUUUGCUCAAAUUAAAUGAUGACAAAUACUUUACUUAAGUCACUCUUCUAAGGCCAACUUUGAACCGUUCAUAUCCCAGGCUUAGAUGCACUGUGCGCAAUAGCCUGGGGACAAGGUUAUGUCAAGCGUCACUGUCCUUUGCACUGGUCACUCCUAUUGUGCCUGUCCUUCACCUGGCAGGUCUCCCUAGGGCUGCUUCCCAAUUCCUGAGCCUUCUCCCAGAAAUGGGCACUGCCGUCUAUACAAUGGAAAUUAAUGCUCACACUAAUCCAAUGCCUUGAGGGAGCAUGAGCAAGUGCACACUUUGGUGAGAAAGGUAGAGGAUCAGACAGUAUCCAAUGGCCCAAUCCAAAAUCGACCCCUAGACCCUACCGCCUAUGCACUUUUGGGGAUUUGACAGGUGUUCGCAACAUUGUGAAACUUCCACCUAGCCCAUCGGUGAGCAAGUGGAGCUAUUGCCAUAUUCCUUACAUCUGUCAAAUCCUCACAAGUGCGUAGGGGUCGAUUUGGGAUUGGGACAAUGUGCGCACGAUUUAGCUUGCUGGAUAGGUGGAGUUCACACUUUAGACCAAAUGGAACGGUUCCAAAGGUGCAUACUCAGUCAACAGGGGGUGCUCAGCUUAAGUGAGUGCAUUCAAGCUCAAUUUAUUGGUUUUGUUCCCUGUUGACUGAGUAUGCACUUUUGGAACCAUUCCAUUCUGAGCAGAGGAACACGGCCAUUGUUUCCACAGCCGCGAAGGUCCGUGCACAUGACUCAUUGACAUACCGGAUGAAAUCAAGUCCUGGAGCAUUACCCAUUGCUUCCCAAAAGCAAUGAAUGUCCUGUGCAAAGCAAGGGAAACAACAACCGCAAAACUUGCAUGAUGGAAUCUACUAGCUCACCACCAACUAGCUAGCGAUUCCACAUCGGCAACAUAAGUGUCUAUGUAAAGGACGUGUAAGUGAGUACCAAUUUCUCCUGAUUAAGCUUGCACUGAGGCUCAGACCUUUACCUUACUAGUACACUUACUAGCCCUCCUGAAGUGUCUUACCAGUUGGAAGAUUGUAAAAAAAAAAAAACUAGCUAUUUGCUGGCAGAAGUGGGGACACUUCAGGCUGAGAGUAAUGUUCACACAUGCCCAUGUGCUACGCUCACCCAUCAAACUUACUCAAUAGUGACCCCAGUGCAACUAUAGAUUUGGGUCACGGCACCACUAUAAAGGACGUCACGCUGCUUGCUUAGCGAGUACCACUUUUGGCUCACACGAGGCUCAAACCCAGGAUACCUGCCUUGCUAGCACACGUGACCGCCCUCCUGAAGUGUCUUACCAGUUGGUGCCAUGCAAAAAGCUAGCUAUUCGCUGGCGCAAGUGGGGACAGUUCAGGCUGAGGAGUAAGUUUCACACACCCCCAUGUGCUAAAUCCACAAAUUAGACUUUCACGUAAAUCAUUCAUUAACGCCAAUGGGAGACUUACAGAGACAUUUGUUUUAAGGGUACGGAUCUCAAGGCUGAGUAACCUUACUUACUUUUCUACAAUCAUUGGGUAGCUUGUAUGAAUUUUGAGACCUGUCUUUACACCGAUAAUCGGUAGUGAGUCAAGAAAGCCUUGGGUUUUCUCCAUAUGAUCAGUCAAAAGCACACUUCAUUUCAAGGAGCUAUGCUGAUCAUCAUGGAUGCACCCACUUUAACUUACUGUACCCAAAUUCAAUCAAGCUGUUUCAUCCAUAUGACAGUGACAGUAUGCUUGUAGGCCUGUCUAAUUUUUUUUACUGAUGUUACAUUUAUUUGUGUCAUUGUCCUUCAUGAUGUCCACACCCAAGGUACAUGCUGACCUCGGGGUUAGAGCAAAAAAACAAAUGUGGGUAGCAGUUCUGCAGCACGAUGGCCACCUACUGGUGACGUGAUGCACUGUGCAUUCUAUGAUUAGUGUAAAAAGUGCAUUUGUUACUUGCAUUGAACACAUCAGCUCCCCCCGUUUUACCUGCCUUGCGUUAUUUGUCCAAUAGACACAUUCAUCAUUGAACCUCUUACAGAUCCCGCCUUGUUCAUGAAUAUGUCCAAUUUGUGGCCUUGUCAAACCAGCUUCUAAGGAUAGAUUGACUCAAGAUUUGUUUCCUCUUAAAUCACCUGUAAAUGGCAUAUUGGUUUGCAGAACCAUGUAGUCCAAACUAUCUCAGGUCAUACCACUGGCUAUAGUUUAAUUGGAGUUACAUAUUGUAUUACACAAUUCCUAUUGUUUAUGCCAUAUAUUGACCCUCAAUUUGUAUCUUAGGAAGAGAGUCUAGUUUUAUUUACCAAACCCAAUAGACAUAGUUCUUAACUGGAUUGAUUUGACAGAAGAAUGCUUUACAUUAGGGGGUAGCUUAGUUGUUGGUUAAAGAGUGGUGUGUACAGAUCCUUGACAACCCAUGAUGUUCUCAACCCUUAAUGUAGACUUAUCUUAUCAAUAGCACCAUUCCAACCUAUUGAUUGGUUAAAUAUCAUGGAUUUGCAGUUGGUUUUGGACUAAACAUACCCCAAAAGACAGUGAAUAGCAGUAACUGGUCUAUGGUAAGGCACUUACAUGUGGCCCAGGCUUGCUCAUAGAAGACAUGAGUGGUUUCCCUUUCUUUUUUUGUACAAAUUCUACUAUAUGGUUGAAAUACUGUCCUUACUAGGACAUGGCAUGUCAUUUUGGUAUUUCACUUCACUGGUAUGAUGUAAAGUGGUGCCGUUGCUGAAGCCCAUAAAAAAA